AUGAAUUUAUGUUUGAGUUUACUUCUUAUGUUUGAAUUUACUUCUUAUCUAAUAGUCCAGAAUUUACUUCAAAUCUUGUCUACUGAUGUAUCUGCAGCAAGAAGGAUUGCAAGGAAGGUUAGUGCUCGCGGUGGUGGGCUUCCUAUGGCGGAAACACUCAGGGUAGUUUGUGUGGAUUCCACUGAAAUAGCUUGCAUGUUGUUGAAGUCUAACUGGAUUGGAGCUGAUAGGGUGCAAAAUUUGGAAGCUCAAGAAGGAUUGGAUGUAGAAAAAGAAUAUUCUGGUUUUGGAUAUGAUAAAGCUUCAUGUGGAUCAGUUGUAGUGAAGGCAUUAGGUGCAGUGGGCGGUGCUAUGGCAAUUAUGAAAGUAAUGCCACCAAAAUACAGCAACAUGGCUCAGAAUAUUCAUCAUGAAACAAAGCUCAACAAUGGAACAAAAAGAGAAAAUUUUGGUGAUACUAAUUCAAAUCAUAGCUUAGCAAAAAGAGUUAAAAGGGAAAAGAUAAGUGAGAGGAUGAAACAAGUUGAGGUUUUUCCUCAAAAUUUUCCAACCAUAGGGAUGCAAUUGGAUCUACAUCAUCCCAGCAGAUUCGCCUCUGCCUGCAGUGCUGAAGCAUUGUAUGACAACAACCUUGAUGUAGACUUAUUAUAG